AUUCUUUUGUUUAUGAUAUUCAAAGUUUAAAAUAUCGCGGUGAUAUCUAUUUCAGACUGCCGAUAAAAUCACCAUCCCUUGUAUCCACUCCACCCUUCUCUAUUUGUAUAUGUCGUCUACUACAUGGCUACAGCUGAUCGAAAGAAACCCAUAUAAACUAUCCGACUAAAUACGCAAACACUGCGGUCUAGUCGCGGUUGUCAAUUGUCUGUGCAAAAUGUACAGUUAACACAACAUCGAGAUAAUGAUAGACAAUUAAUAAGCAGUGAAUGGAGGCAUCAGAUCAAAAGAAAUUUUCAUUUUUUUGUGAUGUCAAAAAGAAUUAUCAUGCUUCCGAUAUGUUAUUUUCCAAGGCGAUAUCUCAUGAUCCUCCAGUUCAACGUUCUUUUAAUAUUGCUUCUUUUUCCAGCAAGGGAAUGUACCAUGCCAGAAGCAAGUCAAGAAGGAUUAUUACAUUCAUUCAAAAGUUAUUCAGAUAUUGCAAUGUUUCAUUAUACAGUUCCGAAGGAGGUGCUCAGAGCUACUUGGCAAUUUGCAGCGUUUAUGGAUAGACAAGAUUGCCCAGAAAGAAAAGUGCAUAUAUAUUUACAAUGGGGCAGUUACCCUGUGAUAUCUGUAAAUAAUGAUACGUUUCCUAAUAAUAUGUAUCCCAAACGUAAUCAUACAAUAGUAGUUUCUGCAAUUACAACAUUUGAACCAAAAACUACUGCGAUUGUACCGGUGUAUGGGCCAGAAGCUGGAGAUUGGUUUGUUGGAGCAUAUUUAUCCCAUUGGGAUGAGAAAGUGCAACAACAGGGACUUGGUCAUAAAUGCCAUUACAGUAUAGGUUCUGUAGCUAUUUGGACACAAACUAAUAGUAUUGAAAAUAUACCAAUUGGUUACCAGUUUACAUUAAAAACAAAAGGAACUACUUCAUAUUACAAAAUAUAUAUACCAUCAGGAACAUGGAAGUUUCGUGUACAUAUUUGGGGUUGUAAUUUUACUGUAUAUACAUCUCAUAGUGUCCAUGAAGUUUGCAUUAAAAAUAUGGCUUUGCAAGGACGCUCUCUACCUGUUUUUAAUUAUUCUGAACAAAAUGAAAUUGGAAAUUUUACUAUGUUAGAUUCAUAUGUGUUUACAGAAUCUUCUCCUUAUGAGGAUAGUUAUUACUAUUUAAUGAUUAUUUCAGAUAGUAUAAUUAAAGUAAAUGUAAAAGUUGUUACUUCAGAAUGUCCAAUCAGAAUAACAGAAAAGUCUUUUGUAAGACAAUAUUUAGAUGCACCUUCAUUUUCUAAAGCAUUAGCUCAAUUGCACAUGAAGGAUUUAACAAAACACUUACAUCAUGAUGAAAACAAAAGUAAUAAAUCAUACAGUGGAGUUGAUCUUGUCAAAAAUGAAUUUCAUAUGUCAGAUGAAGAUUUGGAUGAUCCAUGUGUUCCAAGGUAUCAACUGGCUAGAAUUAAGCAUUCGCAAACAUUUUCUGGUGUUUAUUUAUUGCAGGGUAGAGAAUGGUUGACUUCUUGGGUAAUGUUAACUGAUAUACAUCCAGUAAUAACACAGUUUGAUAUCUUACCAUUAGUUGAUAUUGGUGGUACGCUCGAUAUAAGUGUACAUUUAGAGAUGGAUAAGGUUGCAACAAGACAACUAGUUAAAGUUAUACUUUGUAUUCGCCGUGGACGCAUUCCAGAUAGAUUUAUGGGCAACAUCGUAUGUGAUGAUUCAAGAAUGUUAAUGAAUUUAUCUUCAUUUGAUAAACACGAUGCAAGUUUAUUAAUACCGUAUCCACAACCUGAUACUUGGUAUAUUGCGUUACACGCAUCAUGUCAUUUUAAUGGGAGACCUGUAAACUGUGAAAUGGAAGAGAUUUUAGUAUCAUUGGAUAUACGAACUAGACAAUGCGUAUUUCCUGGAAAUUACCCGUGUGGUCAUCACGGUGUUUGUCAAGAAGUUCAUCGAGAUAUUCUUUAUUACACAACAUGUAAUUGUUUCGAAGGAUACAAAGGAUGGGGAUGCACUGAUGCUACCAAUGCCAAUUCAGAGUCUUCUCUUCUUAUAACAACAAUGAUGCUCACUUUAAGUAAUGGUUUUUUCAUACCUGCUAUAUACUUAGCUGUUAAGCGCGGAUUAUAUACCGAAGGAUUAGUGUAUUUGGCAACUAUGCUUUUUUCGUCUUUGUACCAUGCUUGUGAUCAACAUGUUCUGACUUAUUGUGUUGCUAAAUAUGAAGUUUUACAAUACAGCGACUUUUUUUCAAGCAUAUUAGCAUUUUGGGUAACGCUUGUCGCGAUGGCUGAAAUACCUACUCGUUUUGUAUCAUUAUGUCAUAUGUUUGGAGUCCUGAUAAUAGCUUUUGGGGUGGAAUCCAAUAAGACGGGCCUAACCAGUAUAUUGGUACCUCUAGGAAUGGGCAUUAUGAUACCAAUGGGAGCAUAUGCUUAUCGCUGUUUCAAACUGAAAAAGUGGAAAAAACCUGAUCGAAUAUCAAAGUUGUUAGCUGGUUUAAUGUUGGCAACAGUCGGUUUACUAUUGUUUUCUUUAGUUGAAACGGAAGCUAAUUAUCAGUAUGUUCACAGUGCAUGGCAUAUGAUAAUAGCCAUUUCAUUGAUAUUUCUUUUGCCACCAUCGCGUUUGGAGCAAAUUGGUUCUCCAGAUACCAGCUCAUUUAGCGAUGAUAGCGAAUUGCUUGAUUAUAAAGAUUCACCAAGUAGUCCAAUUUUUACGGUAACCAGUGGGCAAGAAAAUCUAGUAAUUGCAUCAAAUUGAAAAUUCUAUUAAAAAAUGAAGGCAGGGUGAUUGAUAAGAAGGAAUUCGUAUAGCAUAAAUUUUCAUCACAUUAUGUAUGCUAUAUUACUUAGGAGUUUAAAUGAGGAAAAAAGGUAGAACAAUAUUAAUAACGACGUGAAUUGCAUUACAAGGCUGUUAUAACAUUCAGAACAAAUAUAAAUAAUAUAAAAUUUCGUAAGUAAUAAAUUGUAAAAAGAAUAACAUCCCAAUAUUUCCUUGGAUUAUCUAAUGAUAUAUAUAUUUGAGAUUAAAACGAAAAUAAUAUAUGUAAAGUGUAAAUGUUACAAAUAUAGUACCCCGUCCAAUAUUAUAACAAUUAUUGGUCUGCAUUAUUUUGUGUAAUGUACAGAACUGUGUGUAGGCUUCCUUUGGUUAAAAAGUUAUGUACAAGUCAGUCUACUAUUUCCAAAUUUCCAAAUUCCUAAAUUUCUAAAUUCUCAAAUUUCUAACUCCCCAAAUGUCUAAGCUCUAAAUUAAAAAUUUUAUCUUCUGCGCCGCCAUUUUCUCCAUGGAAGCCUACCAUACUAGUGUAAUGAAAUUAUUUUUCAUUCUCUCUUUCGAUAGGAAUCCACACUCUUAAUUUUGUAGUGAUUAACACAGAUCUUCAUUAGCGUGUUCCAUUUUUAUUGUAAAUGUUAAACAUCUUUCUUCUCUUGUCAAUUACAUCUAAUAUAUAUUCGCAUUGCUGUAAGAUACUCCUAAAAUUAUGCAUGAUACGUCCUGUUAGCUAUACGAUGUAGUAAAAUUAUACUUAAAAAAAGAUGUUUAGCGUAAUUGAAUAAGAUACUUUCAAAUGAAGAUCUAUCAUUUCAAUAAAUGCGUUUAAAUAA